AUGGCAGCACUCAAUGGAGCAUGGGAAGUAUUGAGGUGUCCAAAGAAGCGGCAGGACUACAACCAAUCUCUUCAAGCACAGGCUCUUAAGAGGCAGGCUGAAGAGAAAAAGAAACACUUCAUCAAUUCGAUUGCUGUGAAGCAAAAGCAGAACCAUGAGCAGCGGGAGGCUCACAAAGUAAGUGCCACAGCCAAACAAAAGGCCAGAAGUACCACGGAGACCAAGGAAAGCGUCAGUGAAAAGAAAGCUGCCAAUGGCAGCAGUUUCGUCUAUGUGUGCCUGACCAAUCAGAAGAAGGCCAUUGUGGUCAAAUCUUCUAGCCAGAAGAGUCUCCAUCGCAAAUUUGAGCACCACAACUUUGUGUCAGCCAAGCACGCAGACGCUGUAGCGUCCGAGUUUGCCAACAGGGUUGAGAACUGGUGUGUGGAAACCCUCUGCAUGAACAAGAUUGCGCAACUGGAAGAGUUCAUGAUGCAGCAGGACAUUGAGAAGCCUGCCAAGAGGGUCAGCAAAGUGUUCUUGCAGGAAUACAUUGAGGAGGCCAUGUGGGUAAAUGCAUACGACAAUGUGAUACCAAAGAUGGAAACAGCUUUCUACAACAAGUCUUGUGGGAAACUGGAGUCCUUCUUGAGGACGGCGUACCAGGAUUCCACAGGAGCAUCUUCAACUCCAGAAGGUAACACCAGCUACCAGGAGGGCAUUGUGGUUGACAAGUACACCAACAAAUUUAUGGCCACUUUCAAGAUCUCAAAAGGACAUGGAAGCAUUUGCAAGAUCUUUGACAACCGCGAGGAUGCUGAGUUUUGGUAUGACUCGAUCAGUAGCCUACACCAGAAGCAGCGGUUAGUGGGGAAUAUUUCCCUCCUCCGGCAGGCUUGCGCGACACGAAAAGCUACAGCUGAAGCAAUGUCUCGCAUCAUGUCGGAGAACGUUUCAGUUGCAGCGGAGGCAAGCAAGACGUUUGCUCGGGACAUGGCCAUGGGGACGGACAUGUCUGGUAUUCACUUCCUUGCUGACAAGUCGCUCAAAAAGAAUGACCUUCCUCAAGCAGAGGUUCGCAUCCACAGGUUGAUGUCUGAGAGGUUGUCGACUUUGGUGGAAGGGCAGAAACUUGAAGGCAGACUCCUUGGGAAGUAUCAUGACUCAACGGGGUGGAGGGCUACGAUUUGCAUUCUCUUGGGCGACUCCUACUCUUUGGCUGAUGUGGAUCAAUUUGCAAAGACUUCCUGCCUUUCAGUUGUUGGCGUGAUAGGCAGCAGCAAUGACUUGAAACCAUCAGUGCAGGCCUUUGAUGCUCUCAAGGCUUUGGCUUCAGAGUGCACAAUCCCGAUCUACUUGCACUUUGCUCGUAUCCAGGGCCAGGUGAAGCUCAGCGCUUUCCAGCUCGCUGCCAAGGAGAAUGGCGGAGUGGCAGAGGUUCAAGUCAAUUUCAUUGUCAGAAAAUUGCAGCAAGAGGAGUUUAGAGUUAUUGGUUCUGCUGCUGAGUCAUCUCAAGUGCAGGUUGGCAUUGAAGUUUCUCGCUGA